AUAGAAUGCUUAUUAUAUUUUCUGUAAAAAAAAAGAAUGCUUAUUAUAUUUUUUUGUUCAAAUGAUACCGAAGACAAGUGUAAAAAUAUUUUUCACCUUUUAAAAACCCCCGUCUAAUUUCAAUGUUAGGGUUUUAGCUUCACUUUUUAAUCUCCCUUCCCGUUUUUUUCAACCGACGACGGUGUUCCGAUGGCGACAACCGCGAAUCCCACCGGCCAAACCAAGGCAGUCGACGCCUCACUUUGGUGGGACCCAUUCUCUCUCUUACUCACUCAACUUGAGAACGUCUCUUUCUCCGAUGGCCUAACUCACUCUCUGGCGAAGAAGCUGAAUGAAAAUCAUGCGUGGUUUCUGGACACUGUUUCUUGCUUUAAAUCUCCGAAUCAGAAGUCAAGAGAAGCUCUAGAUUCAACUCAAUUUACGGUCGGAACACAUACUUUGACAGUUCAGCCUGAACUAAAAGCUUCCGCUUUGGAGCUUAGUUCUGUUCUGUGUUUAGAUGAGGUGCAGUCUUAUAUUCUUGUCAAAAGAACUAAUGAAGGCAAUAAUCUAGCUUCUGCCAACACUGUAUCUGUACCUCUUCACAUGGUGAUGCUUCAGUACUACAUUGAGCGACAGUGCUUGUUAAAAUGCACCCGGCAGAUCUUGAUGUACGCUUUAUAUGAUGGAACUGGUGAGAAAGAAGUUCAAGCUAUGAGGGACCAGACAGAGAAGCUGGUCAGCGAUGGACUAGAAAAUAAAUUACUGUCUGUUCUUCAAGACCUUCUUUCAUCCACGUAUCCUGAGAAUAUGAGUGUUGACUUCUUCACUUUGUGGGCUGAGGGGACUCUAAUAGAAGACAAUCUGGUGCUGGAUAUUCUUUUUCUUGCUUAUUACGAGUCCUUUUGCACUUGUAAUGGUAAGCAGUGGAAAAAGUUGUGCUUGCUUUAUGAGGGGAUGAUAUCCGGCGGUUAUAAUCUUGGGAAACUGGCCCUUUCUACUGAAGCAAUACAUUCUAUAUUUCAUGCAAAAAUUCAACUGCUGCUUAUCCUUAUAGAAACUUUGGACCUAGAAUAUGUUCUUCAAAUGGUUCAUGAUGAAACCACUUUCAGGCAGGGCAUCACGACAUUUUCCUUUUCUGAUAUUCAAGAAAUAGAUGCCAUCGUUUCUGGGUCUACAAUGUUUGAGAAUAAAGAAGCAGGACCAUUAAUUUUAACCUGGGCAGUGUAUCUAUGUCUUGUAUCAUCUCUUCCAAAGAAAGAGGAGCAUGACACUUUGCAGGAUAUUGACCAUGUUAGUUACGUUCGCCAAGCCUUUGAAGCCGGAUCACUGAGCUAUUUGGUUGAAAUUCUUCAGUGUAAUUUACUGAAGGAUUCUGACGGACCAUGUGCUGGUUAUCGGAGUGUAUUGAGGACUUUUAUGUCCUGCUUUAUUGCAUCGUAUGAGAUCAGUCUGCAGUUAGAGGACAGUAACCUCAAACUGAUAUUGGACAUACUUUGCAAUAUUUAUCGAGGAGAGGAGUCACUUUGUUGUCAAUUUUGGGAUAAGGACAGUUUCAUUGAUGGUCCUAUUCGUUGCCUGCUAUGCAACUUAGAGGGUGAAUUUCCAUUCCGGACUGAUGAAUUUGUUCGCCUGUUGUCAGCCCUCUGUGAGGGAACAUGGCCUGCAGAGUGUGUGUACAAUUUUCUUGAGAAGUCUGUUGGAUUAUCAUCACUGUUUGAGAUAAGUAGAGGUUCUGUGGUCAAUAGUGCUUCCUCAUUUGUCGAAACUCAACGGCCGUUAUGUGUUCCAGGCCUUGAAGGGUUCCUUAUUCCUUCUAAAACACGUGGCCGUAUAUUGAAACUGAUUGAUGGAAAUACUUCUCUUGUACGCUGGGAGUGCAAACAAUCUGGCGUUGAUGUGCUGCUCUUGCGUUUGGCACAGAAAAUAUAUCUGGAUGACACUGAGGAGGUCCUUGUUAUAUUUGACUUGCUCUGUCGAUUGGUCACCUUCAGCUUGGCUGCAUGCUAUGCUCUGAUCAGCACCGGGGUUACAUCGGCUGAAGGAGCUGGUCCUGUGAAUGGGAACUUACACAAGGUGAAUGUGCUUAAACUUAUCUGCGCAACAGUCAAAAACUUAACACCUACUAGUAAUGGGGCAAUAAUGAUGUCGAUGGGUGUUAUCAUUUUGACAAAGAUGCUAAGCUGCUCCCCAUCUCAUGUUUCUACAAUAGCAUUGAAGGCAAAUAUAUUUGAUGUUGCCUUCAACACGAAUCCUUUAGGUGUAGGCUCUAAUGGUUUAUCCAGUGGCUCAUGGCUGUUAUCUGGAAGGCUUGCUAAAAUGAUAUUGAUUGAUUGUGAGCAGAAUGAGAGCUGCUAUCCAUUGGUUAUUUCAGUGUUGGACUUCACCAUUAAACUUGUUGAGACUGGAGUAGAAAAUGAUAUUGUUCUGGCCCUUGUUGUUUUUUCCAUCCAGUAUGUUUUAGUUAAUUAUGAAUACUGGAAAUACAAGGUGAAGGAUGUUCGCUGGAAGGUGAUGCUAAAGGUACUUGAAGUGAUCAAGCAAUGCACUUUAUCAAUCCCGUACUCAAGGAAACUGGGUAAAGUCGUCAAGGAUAUCUUGCAUUCCGAUUCCUCUGUUCACAGUUCACUGUUUCGUAUUGUAUGUACAACAGCAGAAGCCUUAGAGGAACUUUAUGUUAGCCGUCUUUAUGAGCUUGUUGAAAUUGAAGGACUAGAGACGGCUGUAGGUUUUGUGUUGGAUAUACUUUUUAGCAUGCUGUCGGAUAUUUCAAAGGAAACGUUGCCAGGCUUCCCAGUACUUUACCAAGCAGUGCUUUCAUCUACCACAAAACCUAUUCCUGUUGUUGCGGCAAUGGCGUCCUUGACAUCAUACUACCGGAAUCCUGCAAUUCAAGCUGGGGCUGUCAAAUUGCUGUGUAUGCUAUUCUUUGUAGCAGAUCAUUCACAAGUAUAUACAUCUGGAAAUGCAUGUUUCGGACUAAGUGAUGACCAGAUCAUUGAAUUCCGAACUGGAAUUGAUGGCAUUCUCUGUGAGCCAUCACUAUGUAAUGAAGAUCUUCUCAUCACUACAAUUAAGAUGCUGACAUCUGCUGCAAAUUAUCAGCCUGCUUUCUUUGCUGCUGUAAUUGCUUACAAAGAAAAUGUAGAAUAUAAAGUGACUGAGGCUAGUAAUAAGAAGCAGCCGAAGGAAAAAAAUCUAGUAGAUGCAGUUCUGGAAUAUGUUGGAAGAUCACAUGAUUUGAUCAAGAGCAACCCCAUUCUACUGUUUAACGUGCUAAACUUCAUGAAGGCACUGUGGCGCGGGGCUGCACAGUUUGCAGAUGCUUUGGAACAGUUAAAAAAAUCUGAAAAUUUCUGGAAACAGAUUUCUGUUCCUAUAUUAUUCGUCGAAAGUAUGCAAAAUAUGCCAUUAAAAAGCUUAAAUGAAAAGGAAGCUCGAAAUACCUCAUAUCAAUACUACUGUCAGUCUGCUGUACUUGAAAUAAUGGCUUAUGAGCUUUUUCUUCAGAAGAAAGUACUGUAUGCUAGGCAACAAUCUGAAGUAUUGAGAGAUGGGAUAAACAACAAUGAUAGUUCUGGUAAAACAGAAGAUAAGGGUGAUUCUUCUUUGAAAGACAUUUUGUCAACAUGGUGUGGCAGUUCAGUAUUAAACAACUUGAUCAAUUUGUAUACUGCAUGUCAAUUUGACAAUCACAAGUACGUCCAUAUGAAGAUUGCUGCUGGUUUAUUUUCGGUACAUGUGAUGGAGAAAUUAUUAAGUGGCGAUGCUGGAACUUUGUGUGUAUUUAUAAUCGAGAAGCUUAAUACUUUAACAAAAAAGCUAUGUGACCUGCCUGCAUUUUCUAAUCUCCUCUCUCAGUACACACAGCGCGGUUACAGUGAAGGAAAGGAGCUGACCAAAUUAAUACUCAGCGAUCUGUAUUACCAUAUACAAGGAGAGCUUGAAGGUCGUGCCAUUGAUCAUAGAUCAAUUAAGGAACUUUCCCAGUGUCUAACAGAAUUCGACUUCCUUCAAGUGUAUCACAAUAAUUAUGAAAUGGACUUUUCGGCUCCUGCAAAGAAUGUUUGCUUGUUCGACUGGAGUCAUUUGCAAAAAGAUUUAGGAUUACGUACAUGGGAAUUUUCGCAGUGGAAAGCAUCAAAAGAAGUUGCAGAAACAAUGUUGCUUCACUUGCAAGAUGUGAAUUGCAUGCUGAUGCUUGCAUAUUCAAAGCACGCAGCGUUGGAAGCUUUGAUAACCAUUAUAUCUCUAUAUCAUGAUGAUUCAGCUGAAAAGAAGACACUACAUCAAUGGAAGAUACCGGAAAGACUGAUUAUAUCCUCUGUCAAACAUGUAUGCCAGUGCACUCAUGACACUAUAGCAUCAUUGACUCGUGUAACUGACUAUACUGAAGAUAUUAUUGGUUUCUUUGUUGCUCAAACAGAAUUACUUAUUCAUCUUCUUAGAUGCUUGGAAAAAAAACUCCCUCUCCCUAUAUGUACAAUUGUCAUGAAAUCCUCAGGUUCUGGCCUUAAAACAUUGAGUGACUUGGGUUUAUCGACUGCUGGUGUGAGAGAAGGAAUAAAGGCUUUACUUCAAUUGCUUCUUCUGUCAGUGGAGUUAAGUUGUGCAAGUUCACAAUUAUUUGAAGCGACUGAGAUGGAAACUGUGGAGUCUUAUGCUGAUGCGUCUACUGCGAGUUUGAGUCUAUUGCCCACUAUCUGCAGUUUUAUGGAACCUACAGAUCAUUGUACACUGUCACUAACCACAAUUGACCUAAUACUGAGAAGUUUUUUGACACCUACAACAUGGUUUCCUGUAAUUCAGGAACAUCUGCAGUUGCAGCGUGUGAUGCAUAAGCUUCAAGAUAUUAAUUCAUCUGCAACAAUUCCUGUGAUAUUAAAUUUCUGUCUGACACUGGCACGUGUGCGGGGAGGUGCUGAGAUGCUUCUUAAUUCUGGUUUUUUGGCAGCUAUACGAGUUUUGUUUGCUGAUGCCACCAAUGAUAAUGGUCUCUGUUUAAUGCAAAAUGAUAAAAGUCUCUCAAGCUUCUUUAAUAAAGUGGAGAAGCCUCAGCACAUUUGGGGACUUGGCUUGGCUGUGAUCACAGCAGUUAUUCAUUCUGUAGGAUUCAGCUUUUCCUGCAGGAAUCUUGUAGACUAUGUCAUGGAUUACUUUCUGCUUCAAAAAUCUUUUAUGAUUUGUCAUUAUCUCAGUGCACCUGCUGCUCCAUUAGAUCUUCACGACAAGAAAAGAGCCCAUGCUCAGAAGGCACAAACUAGUUUAAGUGCCCUUCAGGAGACGGAACAUACUCUUUUACUCAUCUGUGUGUUAUCGAAAUAUAGAAGCUCAUGGAUUAAGGUCACAAAAGAAAUUGACUCACCAUUGAGGGAGAAAUGCAUCCAUUUAUUAGCUUUUAUUUGUCGAGGAACUCAAUGCCUGAAAGAUUUUAGCAGGGUUCUACCUCUCUUGUGUUAUCCUGUACUUAAGGAGGAGUUUGAAUGGUACAAACGGCCAUCAUUUGUGCAUAGCAAAAAUGGCUGGUUUUCUCUCAUGCCUCUAUGUUGUGGUCUAGAUCCUAGAUUUUCUGAUGUCUCAUCUCGACCUGCACCGUCAGUUAAGGAAAGAGCAACUGACAACACUGGCGUGGCUCCAACAUUUUUUUCUGAUUCUGCAGCUUUACAGAUCUAUCGAAUUGCGUUUCUACUUUUGAAAUUCUUUUGUAUAGAAGCUGAAUGUGCUGCUAAAAGGGCCGAAGAAGUUGGAUUUGUUGAUGUUGCUCAUUUUCCCGAGCUUCCAGUGCCUGAUAUUUUACAUGGCUUGCAAGAUCAAGGGAUUGCUAUUGUCCAGGAGUUGUGUGAAGCCAGAAAAACGCAACAAGUUCCUUCUGAACUACAAUCUAUCUGCAUUCUACUGCUACAAAUAACUGAAAUGGCAUUGUACUUGGAAUUCUGUGUAUCACAAGUAUGUGGAAUAAGACCUGUUUUGGGACGAGUAGAAGAUUUCUCCAAAGAAAUUAGAUUGUUCAUCAAAGCGACUGAGGGACAGGAAUUUCUGAAGGAGUCUGUAAAGUCUUUGAAACAAAUAAUAUCAUUUGUAUAUCCCAACUUGCUCCAUUGAAUGUUCGUGUGAGAUGAAUCUAAGAUUUUGCUACCUUGUCACAGGGUCAUAUGUAAAUGAUCUAAAUAUCAUAUACAAACUCCCAAAAUGAUACCUCUGUGGCAUGAGUAUCUUGUUGGUAAUAUGUUCAUAAUUAACAUGCAACUUCAGUCCUGUUCGUAUUCA